AUGAACAAGGAACAUGCUGAAGAGAAUGACGAAGAUGAAGUUUCUUCUGAGAACAACCAGUUUUCUAUUGCCCUACAAAGACAGAAUGGCAGCAACUUUGGUCUUCUCACUUUCUGUUGCACCCUACACAAACACACCCCAAAGUGGGCCCUGGUGAAAACUACUUUUCAAAGACUUCCUCUUCCUCGGAGCGCUCCGAGCCGGCCGACUUUGGGCCGCGAGCAAGAAACCUCGCUCGAAGCCUGCCUCCGCUGGGAAGCGGCGGAGCCAGCCUUCACCACGCCCAGUAUUGCGCGCAGGGCCCCCGCAGCGCCGCGCUCCGCCCCGCCCCGCGUCCAUCUCGCCCUCCUCGGCUCUUCCCGCCCCUCCCGCCCUCGGCAGGUUCUUCGACUGGCCUCGUUACCCGCCCCCUUCCCGGCUCGGGGGCUCCCGGCCCCUAUUUGGUCAUCCGGGGAGAGCACCGAGCGAGCGAGGCAGCCAGCGCGUAGGCAGCGCAGCGCGCAGAAGGAACGCAAAGGUCCACGUUGCGGGCUCCGCUCAACGCCCGGGGAGCGAGGACCGGCGUUGGCCGCAACCUCCGUGCAGAUCCCGCGCCGCUCUCUGUUCCCCCAGGCCGGCCGGCCUGCCUCCCUCGGAACAAUGAGACUCUCCGCGGUAGCGACUCCGGCUCCCGUGCUUGUGGCUGCGCUGCAGGUGCUAUUGCUCUUGGAAGCUGCGCACAGCGUAUCACCGAAUACAACACAGACCAACCAGACCAUACCUGAAACUCCGAAAGUUACAACCAACAACACAGACAUCGAGUCAAACCUGACAUCUUCCACCACCAAACCAGUGACAUUGCCACCUUCCACAUCAGCUUCUACCAGCAAAACUACAGAAACACCUCACGCAACAACCAAAAUCUCAACACCUGGGCCUAACAGCACCGUGAAACCUCUGGCAACAACAAGAAGUACCCCUCAAAUCACAACAGCCCACAGUGCCUCGAAAUCAUCAGCCGCCACAGCCAGCAACAGUACGAUGACGACCACUGCCACCCUGGCCACAGCCACAGCCAACAUCAAUGCCCAAAUAAGCAGAGGAUCAAAAUUUGACAUUGGCAGCUUUGUCGGUGGCAUCGUGCUAACUCUGGGAGUUUUAUCUAUCCUCUACAUUGGAUGCAAAACGUAUUAUUCAAGAGGCAUUCGAUACAGAACCAUUGACGAACAUGAUGCUAUCAUUUAAAGAAAACCAUCCAAGAACCAAAGUAAAGGAAGAAGACGGUGCAACCCUCAUCAUUAAUUUCAGAAAAUGUUUCCCUCUUGAAACGCAUAUAAACAGGCCAUACCCACCAAGUAAAAUAUACUCUUAUGAAUGUAUAAUUCUCCAUGGUCACUAAAGGUAAAAAAGGGUUGUUGCAUUUGUUUUCAUGUUUGUUUGUUUUUUAAUGAAAAGGCUUGACAGUUUCAAGAUCACAAAUUAACACAAAGCUUGUAUCCUCUUCCCACAAAUACACUUAAAAACAAAUGAGUUUUGACACAGUAAAAGCCAUUUGUGGUGCUGUGAAAUUGGCUCCAUAGAGUCAGCAAUUGGAAGGCAUCCACAUGGAAAGGCAGGGAUAUCAUCUGGGCAUCCGUCCACAUGGGGUGGGGGAGGGACCACUGCUGCCUUGGUUGAUCAUGUCUUUGGAAGUGCCCUUACUGCAUGAGCUUUCAGUUGCUGGUAUACCCCAGAAAGUAGAAGCCUUCCAGUUUGCCGAUGGUGUAGAUAAAGCAAAAACUACCAUGCCAGCUAGCAGAGUGGGGGUGUUAAUUAUAAUCAGUCUUAAAUUGUGGCCCUUGUUCAUGCUAACAAUACACACAAAAUUCAGUGUGGUUUAUUAAAAUCCUUCCCCCCACAAAGAAACCCCAAACUUUUACAGUAAUCCAGAAUUUUUGCUUCAGAGAGUUUUACCUGAGCUGUGUUCCAGCUGGGAGUUUGGAUUUUUAUUUUUUAAGUCCUUCAUUUGAGCUUUUAAUGGUAGUUGAUAGGCAGUCUUAUUUUUACUUUUCCUUGCCAUGGUUUCAGUGAAUUAUGUUUUACAUGAUGUGAUUGCGGAUUAGCUGUUAGGAACACACAAAUCAGAUUGGCAUGACAGGAAAGAGCUUACACUGUAGAUUUUUAAUACUGUGAAAAUAUAGAUUGCCACUGGAAAUUGCUUCUGAUUCAGCUACAUUCAGAAAUGUUUAAGGAAGUCUCUCCCACCUCAUUUAAAACAACUUUGCUCUUUUUGUGAUUCUUGGCCUCUUUUAGGACAGUGUAUAUAGUAGGGAUACUAUACUAAUGAAAGUACAGUGCAUUCCUGGGAUACUUAUAUUAACAAAAGUACUGUUGGGCAUCAUUUGGAAAAAUUAAGCGUCCAGGGUUACUCUCUGUGUUUGACUGAGUAUGCAUGUGAAUCUCAGGGUAUCAUGAUUGGGGUAUCAGGCAACCAAAGUAAACCACCAUAAAAUCCAUGUAUCUAGGGUGCAAGGAAGACUUCCUUAGAUGCACCUGGAAUUAACGGAGCAGAAGGAAUAUUUUUCUAACUUGUUUGCAGCAGUCCUAGGCACACAGUGGCCAAGCGAUGAAGGACCACAGCUACUGAUCCCAAAGAUUAGACUGUAAUGAGAGGCCGUCUGAUGCUGCGUUUAGUAGGAAAGAUUUUGUAUGGCACACGUGUGCAUACUUUGAGGAACAAUAUGGACAAAUAGGCCAACUGGAGCCUCUGAGUUAUAUGCUACUGACUUCUGACUCUGCAUAGGUCAUUCCACCACUCACUGCUUGCGUUUCUUCCUCUGUAAAAUAAAAUGAGAGAGAGAAUAGGAAGGCCUGACUUCUUCCGGGUCUGGUGCAGGAAUGGGGCUGUAUUGUUUGUUUCAUGCCCACCCUGUGAGCCUGUUGUUUGAAGUCUACAGGAAUUUGUGUGGAGCAGGCCUCCUGGGUUUUUCUAAAAUACUUGUGUCGCACUUUGAAGAUGACAAGCUCCUGAAAUUCUGAAUAUCAUUAUUUGCUUUGAAAAGUUUCCUCUUUGUCUUAUGCUUCUAAAGAAUUUAGAUGUUGCUUUUCUCCUAUUCUUUACAUGACGAUAUAAUUUGUUAAUAUGAAAAUACUAUUAUUUACAAAAGCCAGCUCUUGAUUGUCUAUUCUCAUUACCCUUCCUCCCCCCCCCCCCAAAAAAAAAAAAUUAGGGGAACUAAUACAGAUAAUGAGAAGUAAUUUUUAUUUGAAUUUGGAUUAUAUUCUGUGUACUUAUUUUCUUAAUUAUGUUGACGAAGGCAUUUAUUAAAAUUAGUUUGCAAUUGGCUGACUUGACAACAGAUGAAGAUAGUCCAGAUGCACAGCUGGGUGACUGACUGAAACUAGCUCAAGCUUUAAAAUAGUCCAUCGAUAACACACAGAAGGUCCAACAUAGGUAAUUGAGAGUUGGCAGCAUAUUAAAGCAAUUUUAAUUUUGCCUUUUCAGAAAUAUUCUUAAACCAGAUUCCUGUUUAUUUUUUGUUUUUCCUUUUCUUUUGUUAUAGUGUCGUUAUUGCUGAGGUCUAUUUUUAGAUAAGUAAUAAAAUGAAAAUUUGCACUUCA